AGAGAGUGAGGAGGUCUGAGGCCCAGGGUGGGCAUCGCCAGCCAUGGCUGGAGCUGAGACCGCCCAGCCUUCUCUCAGCACAAUGGCCACCCUGGGCCCCUUUCAGGACGGCCAGGAGGACAUCCUUAAGUGGUGGCGCUCCGACGAGGCACAGGACAUGGGCCCGGGCCCCCCGGACCCCAUGGGGCUGCCCCUUCACGCAGGCCUGAAGUCGGACGACCCUCCCGGGCAGCACCAAGACGAUGAGAGGGACGCGGCCUGCACCUGGGACCUAGAUCUUUUCCUCACCAACUUCCCGGGGCCGGAGCUGGGCGGGGUGCCGCGCCCCGGUGCGCCCGCGCCCGGUGAGGGCCCAGGGGGGCCGUACCCGCCUCCGCCCCAGAGUCUGGGCGCCUAUGCGGGCGGCCCGGGGCUGGCGGCCGGGGUUUUGGGGCCCGAGGAGCACGCGGGGUGGGGACAGCCCGCCCCGCGACCCCCCACGCCCGACCCCUUCGUGGCCCCGGCCCCCGAUCUCAAGGCGCUGCCGCUGCAGCCAGGGUACCCCGAGCCGGGUGCGAGCUCCUCGGCCAGCUACUUUGCACGCACCGGGUUCUCGGUGCCCGCGGGCCCGGGCGCGCCCUACGGGCUGCUCUCGGGGUACCCGGCGCUGUACCCGGCGGCGCCUCAGUACCAAGGGCACUUCCAGCUCUUCCGGCCUUCCCCGGGCCCCGCCGCAGCCCCGUCUUUUCUGGGUUGUCUGGGACCGGGUACGAUCGGCACCGGACUCGGGGGCACCGCAGCCGACCCCAGCGUGACCUCCGAAGCCGCGGUCCCCAAACGCAGCCAGCGCUCGGGGGCGCUGAAGAGGCAGGCGGCGCUCAGGGGGCAGGCGGCGCACACAUGCGAGUACCCGGGCUGCGGCAAGCGCUACACCAAGAGCUCGCACCUGAAAGCGCAUCUGCGCACGCACACGGGAGAGAAGCCCUAUGCCUGUUCCUGGGACAACUGUGGCUGGAAGUUCGCGCGCUCGGAUGAGCUGACCCGCCACUUCCGGAAGCACACAGGACAGCGCCCCUUCGGCUGCCAGUUCUGCUCCCGGGCCUUCUCGCGUUCCGAUCACUUGGCCUUGCACAUGAAGCGCCAUUUUUGAGUCCCACCCCGGUACCCCGAUACUGCCAGGGAAUACCAGUGGAUUCACGCCGGCUGUUUUCAAGGACUGACCGUCCCUUGCUUGGACUUGUGGACCCACCGAUCUAAGGUCAUAGACAAACCUGAGGGAGUUUUCGAUGGAUAACGCCCCUCCCUCCUAGUCCCGAGCUACAAGCGCCAGACCACCGAUAAUUGGACUGAGAUGGACCCUCAGAUCAGCUCACAGGCGGGGAGGGAGAGGGACGAGGCUUUCCCAGAGACCUUGGGCUCAGAGGGGAUUUCAUGCUGUGACCCACAGGAAUUCCAUAUCAACUGUGAAUGUGUAUGGAUUCUAUA